AGGAGGCGGCAGCGUCCCGGGCGGGCGGGAGGUGCACCAGCGGCGGCGGCAGCGGUAAAUCCUCCCGGCCGCUCACAGCACUGUGGAGCCGCGUCCCUAGCCCGGCCUCGGACCGCGGCGCCCCUCCUGCCCCUCGCGGCGGCUCGUCCGCCCGCCCCUCCCCCCGGCGCGCGGCCCUGAGGAGCCGGCCGGCCGGCCCGGCUCCCUCCCCGGCCCCGACGGGCGGGCGAGCUGCCCUGAGGAGGCGGGGAGGGGAGGGCUGGGCCGGCCGGCGGGCGGGCGGGCGACGAUGCCGAACUUCUGCGCGGCCCCCAACUGCACGCGCAAGAGCACGCAGUCCGACCUGGCCUUCUUCAGGUUCCCGCGGGACCCGGCCAGAUGCCAGAAAUGGGUGGAGAAUUGUAGAAGAGCAGACUUAGAAGAUAAAACACCAGAUCAACUAAAUAAACAUUAUCGAUUAUGUGCCAAACACUUUGAGACCUCUAUGAUCUGUAGAACUAGUCCUUAUAGGACAGUUCUUCGAGAUAAUGCAAUACCAACAAUAUUUGAUCUUACCAGCCAUUUGAACAAUCCACAUAGUAGACACAGAAAACGGAUAAAAGAAUUGAGUGAAGAUGAAAUCAGGACUCUGAAACAGAAAAAAAUUGAGGAAACGUCUGAAAAGGAACAAAAACAUAAGGAAAUAAACAACAGCAAUAUUCAGAACCCCAGUGCAGAAGAGGGGGGUGAAGAACACGAUGAAGACAUUUUACCUUUAACUCUUGAAGAGAAGGAAAAUAAGGAAUACUUAAAAUCUUUGUUUGAAAUUUUGAUUCUCAUGGGAAAACAAAAUAUACCUCUGGAUGGACAUGAAGCUGAUGAAAUCCCAGAAGGUCUCUUUACUCCUGAUAACUUCCAAGCACUGCUGGAGUGCCGAAUAAAUUCUGGUGAAGAGAUUCUAAGAAAGCGCUUUGAGACAACAGCAGUUAACACGUUGUUCUGCUCAAAAACACAGCAGAAACAGAUGCUCGAAAUUUGUGAGGGCUGUAUUCGGGAAGAAACCCUCAGGGAAGUAAGAGACUCGCACUUCUUUUCCAUCAUCACUGAUGAGGUCGUGGACAUAGCAGGGGAAGAGCAGCUGCCCGUGCUGGUGAGGUUUGUCGAUGACUCGCAUAAUCUGAGAGAGGAGUUUGUGGGCUUUCUGCCAUAUGAAGCUGAUGCAGAAAUUUUGGCUGUGAAAUUUCAUACGACGAUCACUGAAAAGUGGGGACUAAACAUGGAAUAUUGCCGUGGGCAGGCUUACAUUGUGUCCAGUGGAUUUUCUUCCAAAAUGAAAGUUGUUGCUUCUAGACUUUUAGAGAAAUAUCCCCAAGCAAUCUACACACUCUGCUCUUCCUGUGCCUUAAAUAUGUGGCUGGCAAAAUCAGUGCCUGUUAUGGGAGUAUCUAUUGCAUUAGGAACCAUUGAGGAAGUUUGCUCUUUUUUCUACCGGUCACCACAACUGCUUUUAGAGCUUGAUAGUGUAAUUUCUGUCCUCUUUCAGAGCAAUGAAGAAAGGGGUAAAGAACUGAAGGAAAUUUGCCAUUCUCAGUGGACAGGCAGGCAUGAUGCUUUUGAAAUUGUAGUCGACCUCCUGCAAGCACUUGUUUUAUGUUUAGAUGGAAUAACCAGUGACACAAACCUUAGGUGGAAUAACUGUGUAGCUGGCAGAGCAUUUGUGCUCUGUAGUGCAGUAACAGAUUUUGAUUUCAUUGUUACUGUUGUUGUUCUUAAAAAUGUGUUAGCUUUUACAAGAGCUUUUGGGAAAAACCUUCAGGGGCAGACCUCUGAUGUCUUCUUUGCAGCCAGUAGCUUGACUGCUGUUCUGCAUUCGCUAAAUGAAGUGAUGGAAAAUAUUGAAGUUUAUCAUGAAUUUUGGUUUGAGGAAGCCACAAAUUUGGCAACCAAACUUGAUGUUCAGAUGAAACUCCCUGGGAAAUUCCGAAGAGCUCAGCAAAGUAACCUGGAAUCUCAGCUGACUUCUGAGAUUUACUAUAAAGAAACUCUAAGUGUUCCCACAGUGGAGCACAUUAUUCAGGAACUGAAGGACAUUUUCUCAGAACAGCACCUCAAAGCUCUUAAAUGCUUAUCUCUGGUGCCCUCUGUCAUGGGUCAACUCAAAUUCAACACGUCAGAGGAACACCAUGCGGACAUGUACAGAAGUGACUUGCCGAAUCCUGAUACUCUCUCAGCAGAGCUGCAUUGUUGGAGAAUCAAGUGGAAACACAGAGGGAAAGACAUAGAACUUCCUUCUACUAUCUAUGAAGCCCUCCAUUUGCCAGACAUCAAAUUUUUUCCAAAUGUUUAUGCAUUGCUAAAAGUCCUAUGUAUUCUUCCUGUGAUGAAAGUUGAGAAUGAACGCUAUGAAAAUGGGCGAAGGCGUCUCAAAGCUUACCUGAGGAACACUUUGAGAGACCAAAGGUCGAGUAAUUUGGCUUUGCUUAAUAUAAAUUUUGAUAUAAAACAUGAUUUGGAUUUAAUGGUGGACACAUAUAUCAAACUUUACACAACUAAGUCAGAGCUUCCUACAGAUAAUUCAGAAACCAUUGAAAAUACCUAAGAGACUUUAAAAUAGGGUUUAUCUUCCAUUUGAAAGCAUCUUACAGAAAAGUUAUGAUGUAUGUAGGCCACCCAGUCACUGACUGUCUCGACCAGUAGAUCUCCCAUUGAGUAUGUUCAUUCAUACUCCUAGUUAAGUGGCUCCCGUUUGAAUUCAUGCUUUGGAGACUGAACUGUUCUAAAAGAUAGCAUUGAAAGUGUCACAUCACACUACUGUGUGAAAUCUGCUAGUGGCUCUUUGGAGUUGUUUUUAGUUAAGUCAUUUUAGACAUAACAUUAUCACUGUGGAUGUCAUAUUUGGGUAUUGAAUUACCAGUUCCUUGAAGAAAUGAAUUUUGGGGGCCGGCGCAAUAGUCCAGCGGGUAGGUCGUUUGCCUUGCACGCGGCCGACCUGGGUUUGACCCCCGGCAUCCCAUAUGGCACCGCCAGGAGUAAUUCCUGAGUGCAGAGCCAGGAGUAACCACUGAGCAUGGCUGGGUGUGACCCAAAAGCAAAAAAAAAAAAAAGAAAUGAAUUUUGAAGAUGUGUGGGAGGAAGGAAUUCAUUUUAUAAAAUGUUACAAUAAAGCUCACAACUGACUUUAGACUGGUAAGAGUUCUAAGUAUUACUAUUAAAAAUCUGUACUGGACAGUUAAGAGAAUUAUCAGAGAAAUGUGAGCUUGCCAAAGUGUAGAUUUUAAGUGUAGAUUUUGUCUUUAGCAAGUGAACUUAAAGAAACAGGUUAUAGUUUGAAUGGACAAGUCUGCCAUUGUUGUUCCAUAACUGGUUGUUGCUGUUUACAUUCCUUUGUUGAGCCUCCAUAAGCUUUUAGCAACUAUAUAUUGGACUUCUGUUUCAUGGUCAAGAGAGGAUCAGAGGCCAUGGAUACUGACAACUGAUUUGUUUUGCUUUCUUGUCUUUGCUCCAUGACUAUUAUCUACUGCCUCAUCUUGAUUUAUAAGUAAAACUUGGAGAACCCACAAGAAUUAUUGUUUUGUGGAUUUCCUGGGAAUAAUAUGAAAAUAUUGCUGUUAUUUUUGGUGAAGGAAAUCAAUUUUGUAUAGUUUAUUUCAACCUAAAUAAAAUGUGAAUUUUGUUUAAAGUUUGGGUACCUUAUUUUGGUGGGAACAAAAUGUUCUUGUGUUAAAUUCACUUUUGAAGCUAUUUUGAUUAUCAUCACAUUUGAAAAUAAAUUCUAUAUUUUUUUGCAUAAUUUUCUACUUGGGGUAUAUAAAAUAUUUUAAUUAAGAUAUCAAGUGCAAGGUUUACCUAAUUUUUUUAAAAAGUCAUGCAGUAUAUACUGUGACUUCUAUGUAAAUGGUUAUUGAUGGCUAAAAUGUUAAUGAACAUAAUUGCAGAGAUGAAUG